AUGGGCGCUCUACGUUACGACGGCCAAGUGGCCAUUGUCACUGGAGCGGGCAACGGCUUAGGAAAGCAGUAUGCUCUCUACCUGGGUUCACGCGGCGCCAAGGUGGUCGUGAAUGACAUUGGUGGAAGGCUCGACGGCAAAGAGUCAGGCAAAGUUGAUUCUAGAGUUGCUGACGAUGUUGUCAAGGAAAUCAGAGACGCCGGCGGCAUCGCGGUGGCCAGCUACGACCCGGUCCAACAAGGCCAUCUCAUCGUCAAAACGGCCGUCGAUGCCUUUGGUAGAGUCGAUAUUCUCAUCAACAACGCCGGGAUUCUGCGGGACGUCACUCUGCGCAACAUGAAGCAGGAGGACUGGGAUCUCGUCAUCGACGUCCAUGUACACGGCGCCUACAAAACGACCCGCGCGGCCUGGCCUCAUAUGCGAAAGCAACGAUACGGCCGAAUCAUCAACACAUCCUCCGCCGCGGGCCUGUACGGUAAUUUCGGGCAGAGUAACUACGCCGCGGCUAAAUUGGCCCUCGUCGGUUUCACCAAAACGUUGGCCAAGGAGGGAGCCAAAUACAACAUCACGAGUAACGUGCUUGCCCCUGCUGCGGCCAGCAGAAUGACGCAAACCGUCUGGGCUCAAGACCUGUUAGAGGUGAUGAAACCAGAUUGGGUCGUGCCUCUGGUUGGAGUGCUGGUCCACGAGCAAUGCCGAGAAACUGGGGCCAUCUUUGCGGCAGGGGCAGGCCAUUACAGCAAAAUUCGCUGGCAGCGUAGCAAAGGAUUUCUCGCCAAUCCCGAGAGCUUGACCGCCGAUGUCAUUCUAGAACAUUGGGAUAAAGUCGUGGAUCCGAACUGUGCUGAGCACACGGACGGUGGAGGACAAAUAUUUCAGCUGCUUGAGAAAGCUAGCUCGUUACCUCCACUAACAUCGGGCGCUGACAAGAAGAUCAGCUUUGAGAACCGGGUAGUGUUGGUGACUGGUGGCGGCGCUGGACUUGGUCGAGUCUAUAGCCUCCACUUCGCCAAGUUGGGCGCCAGGGUUGUGGUGAAUGACCUGAAGAACGCCGACAGGGUUGCAUCCGAGAUCACUUCCAGCGGAGGUCACGCCUUGGCCUUGGAGAUGUCUGUUGAGCAAGGAGAGACUAUUGUUCGAAGAGUCAUGGACACUUAUGGCCGCAUCGACAUCGUUAUCAACAACGCAGGCAUCCUCAGAGACAAGGCUUUUACUAACAUGAGUGACGAUGAAUGGUACUCAGUGCUGAGCACUCAUCUCCGAGGAACAUACUCGAUUACAAGAGCAGUGUUUCCCGUGAUGCUGAGCCAAAAGUACGGACGUAUUGUCAAUAUAACCAGCAGAUCAGGAAUUUAUGGUAGUUUUGGUCAAGCCAACUAUGCCGCCGCGAAAUGUGGCAUCGCCGGCUUCACAAAGACAGUGGCUCGAGAAGGUGUCAAGUAUAACAUCGUGGUCAACGCCGUGGCUCCCAUCGCGGGAACAAACAUGACUCGCACCGUCUGGUCUGAAGAGAAUGUGAGGAGAAUGAAUGCAGACUACGUGGCGCCCCUCCUCGCCGCGCUGUGCAGCGAAAAGCCACCUGCCACCGGCCAGAUAUUUGAAACUGGCGGGGGUUGGAUCGGCCACACCCGUUGGCAGCGAGCCAGAGGCGUCGACUUCGAACCCCAGAAUGGCGUACCGAGCGUGGAACAGAUUGCUGAGGCAUUCUCUGAGAUCUGCAACUUCGACAAUGGCAAAGCAGACAAUCCAGACACGCCAUCCGAAGGCAGCAAGUACACCAUGGGCAACGCGAUGAAGAGCCCGAAAGUUGCCGGCAUGUCCCAGGAGAAUUCCGCCAACCGCAAGUACAUUGCAAAGAUCCAAAAGGCUUUAACUCAGAAAGCAACACCAACAUUCUACACUUAUAAUGACCGAGACGUCAUUCUGUACAAUAUUUCCCUGGGCGCCCAUCGGACGGAUCUCGAUCUCGUCUACGAAAACUCCCCCAAUUUCCAAGUCUUGCCGACCUUUGGGAUCGUGCCGACCUAUGGGAGUCUGGUCAGCGUCAAGGACAUCGUCCCCAACUUUGACCAGCGCAUGCUUCUCCAUGGGGAGCAGUUUCUCGAGAUCAAGCGGUUCCCGAUCCCUACGUCCGGGACGUUGAAGACCGAAAGUAGCCUCAUCGAGGUCGUUGACAAAGGAAACGCUGCGCUAAUACGGCGAGGUGCCACCACCUUUGACUCGUCCGGAAAGCCUCUCUUCGUCAACGAGAGCGUCGUCUUCAUUCGAGGGUCCGGGGGCUUCGGCGGACAAAAGAAGGCCUCGGACCGCGGUGCUAUAACCGCCGUGAAUACUCCUCCUUCGCGAGCUCCCGACAGGGUCGUAAAGGAGAAGACGUCGGACGACCUGGUCGCCUUGUAUCGGCUUAUGGGCGAUCGAAAUCCACUUCACAUCGACCCUACAUUUUCCGCCGCUGGGGGGUUUCCUACCCCGAUUUUGCAUGGACUGGCGACGUUCGGGAUCAGUGCUAAACAUGUGUACCAAGCGUAUGGCCCGUUCAAGAACAUCAAGGUGCGUUUCAGUGGCACGGUCUUGCCUGGUCAAACCAUCGUGACGAAGAUGUGGAAGGAAGGGGGCAAGAUAGUGUAUCUGGUCGAGGUAGAAGAGACAGGAAAAGGCUGUAUCACCAACGCUGCGGCUGAGCUGCUGGAAGGAGUCUCCUCUAAACUGUGA